AUGACUAAAUCAGAUAAUAUCAUUGAAGCUAAUGCUGUGACUUUUACUGAAAGAGGAUUUGAUUUUGCUAAUGUCUUACAUAGUACUAAAUAUUCAAUCGACCCCACAAAAUUGAAAUCAGACGAACUUAUUGUCAAAGCUUUAACUACUUCCAUUAAUCCUUCCGACUUGGGUAUUAUUGGUGCAGCUUAUGGUGCUCCUCCUAAGUUAUUCCAUGAUUUACAAACUUCAGAACCAGUUCAUAUUCCAGGUAAUGAAACUUUAUUAAGAGUUGAAUAUGUUGGAUCUGAUAUUAAGGAUUAUAAAGUUGGUGAUUGGGUUAUUCCAAAGAAUGUUGGUUUUGGUUCAUGGAGAUCACAUGCCGUAGUCCUGACUGCUGAAGAUAAAACUCCUUUAAUUGUAUUAUCUAAUGAUGAAGAUGAUUCAUUCACUCUUGAACAAGGUGCCACUAUUAUGAUUAACCCAUGUACUGCUUAUCAAAUCUUAGGUCAAUUCAUUCAUGAUUGGAAGGAUGAUGGUAAUGAUUGGGUUAUUCAAAAUGCAGGUAAUUCCCAAGUUGCUAAAUAUUUAACUCAAUUCACCACUUUGAAAAAUAUCAAGUCAAUUUCAGUUAUUAGAGAUGGGAAAUCAGAUGAAGAAAUUAAAGAAUUAUAUGAUUUAGGUGCUACGAAAGUUAUAACUGAAUCAGAAUUCUUAAAACCAGAAUUCAUCAAGGAAACCUUACCAUCCUGGAUUGGAUCCAAGGGUAAUGUCAGAUUAGCCAUCAAUAGUGUUGGUGGUCCAACCACUGCUCAAUUAGUGAGCUCUCUUCUGCAAGAUGGUUAUUUCGUUACAUUUGGUAUGAUUGGUGGUCAACCUAUCAGUUACAACGGUGGUGAACAAUUACAGAAGAAUAUCACUACUAAAGCAUACUGGUUAACUGCUAAUACUAAACGUGAUCCCGAACUGAAAGUUAAAACCGUGGUUGAUUUAUUGAAAUUAUAUAAGGAUGGAAAAUUAAAAGAUGUCCCAUUUGAGAAAAAUAUCGUUAAAGUUGGAGUUGAUGAUAUUAAAUCAGUGUUUUUACAAGGAAUUGUUAAAUCCAAAACCAAUGGUAAACAAAUCAUCGUUUAUGAAUAA